AUGCGGCACCGAGUAUGACUUUAUUCUCUGCCCCUACUUCCGAACGCAAACACGCGCCGGCUCGCUCGCUCUGAAAGAAAGAGAUGUUGAUACAUCCAUCUCUUCUUUCACCCGCAUUUUGCCAAUAAUUUCGUUUCAUUUCAUUCAGUCAACUUCCGACGUCAAAUCAAAACGGUUGUGCGCCAAGUUCUCAGUGAGAAUUAAUUCAAUAAUUACUUUUUGCUCUUUUAAAUUAUAAAUAACAAGAAGUAGUCAUGGCUGAAACAGAAAUAAUAUCUAGUAGUGAAAAUAAUGAGCAAUUUUUCGAAGGAGUUGAGAAGCUCAUCGAAAUUUGGUUUACACCGGCGAAAAAUGCGGAUUUGAGAAAAAUCACUCGUCAACAAUGGGAGAAUGUGCUGAAGAUUGUGCGUUGUGAGAUCAUCUCUUUCACCCAGAGCGAGCAAGUCGACGCCUAUGUCCUCAGCGAGAGCAGCAUGUUUGUGUCGCGUCGCCGUUUUAUCCUGAAGACCUGUGGCACGACCACGCCCCUACGCUGCGUGCACGCAGUGCUGGGGCUGGCAUACGACGUAGCCGGACAUGCGCGCGUGCACAACGUGUUCUACUCGCGUAGGGAAUUUGCACGCCCAGCUGCUCAACUGCAGCCUCAUGAUAACUUUGAUUCAGAGGUGAAACUUCUGGACUCUUUCUUCGGAGACGGGCGCGCCUACAUCAUGGGCCCGGAGAAAGAUUGCUGGUACCUGUACACACUGUUACCGCUCGAAGGUACAGUGGAUGCCCUGGAGAAGGAACACAGCGACGCGAGCGAGGGUGGUCUGAUGGAGCCGGACCAGACCAUCGAGAUCCUCAUGUCAGACUUGGAUCCUGCUGUCAUGGACAUCUUCACACGACAGUACUCUGCUGACGCCGCCGCGGCUACACGGGAGUCUGGCAUUGACAAGAUUAUACCAGGGAUGGUGAUUGAUGACUUCCUCUUCGAUCCGUGCGGAUACUCCAUGAAUGGAGUUGCUAAAGAUGGCUGCUACAUGACCAUCCACAUAACUCCGGAGCGGUCGUGCUCGUACGUGUCGUUCGAGUCCAACGUGCCAGUCUCCUCGUACGACGAGGUCAUCGCGCGCGUGCUGCAGGCCUUCCGCCCGGCCAAGUUCGUGCUCACCGUCUUUGCUACCCCGGACUCUCCAGGUGCAUCCGCCGCCCGCGAGCUGAAGAAGUUCCCAGCGCUGGGCGCGUACUGUCCGCUGGAGUCCCAGCACUGUCGGUUCUCAGGGUACGAGCUGCAGUACGCCCUGUACGCCAAGUUCCCGAGCUGAGGAGCGUACU